UAUGUGAAACCCUUAAGUGAGGUCGGAUGCUCGUUCGGUUCCGCCAACUCACCGAGGCGGCCGGAAGUGCGAUCUCAGUCCCACCGAUGGUGUCCCCCGACGGUAGAACCCCGACGACGGGAAGUAAGCCGCUCGGGCUGAUGGCCAACGCGGCGAAGCGGAAACAAAGCUUCCUCCAGUUUUUCCUCAUGACCGGCAUCCUCAUGCUCAGCAUGAGGUCUUUGAGCCAGAAGUACCGAGUUAGAGACCUCUCCGACGAGAACGCGCUCCUUCGCGAGGAGCGCGACGCUUUUGCCCUCCGAUCUUCCGCCGUCAAGGAAGCCCUCUUCCAGGAGGCCGCACUCGACCCCUCUGGCCUCCUCGCUGACCACCUCCGCAGCCUCUUCAACGAACAAUCCGACCAUUAAGCUCGCUCCCUUCGCCGAUCAGAGGCAACUCCUUUUCCACAGCCACCAUUCCUGCAGACUUUGCUGGCAGAGGUGCCACCGGCACCCUCCUGUGCGCUCUGUGACCGAACAACCAGUGUGGUCCACAUGUGGCUGGUGGCAGAGAGUUGGUGCAACUAAAGUGUCAGGCAUGCAUGUUUGCUUGUAAGUUUUACAGGGAAGAAAGCGAUUAUGGAAAACUAACUGUUGGCUGAAGGUUUAUAAUAUUAGGGUCAGUAGUGGGU